UUGUUAACUUGGUGGCGAAGCAGAAAUGUUUUCUCUUAUUGUUCGGUAGUUACAUUUACGUUAUUGUCAUUCUUUGCAAGCAAAAGUGUGAUUAAAAAGUUUUAGCAAAAUGUUUUUGCGAUCAUCGCUUAGAAGAAUCCAACAUUUGACUCAACGUCAUAUAACAACAACAGUUGUCGCUAGUGAAAUGCCAGACUCCCUACGAUCAACUUUGGUAUCGAAUGAUUACCGUACAGUCGAAUGUAAUAUUGCAGCGCAAAGUAAACUGCACGAGGGGAAAUUCUAUACUAUACCGUCAGAUGUAAAGAAACAACUUUUUAGUGGUGGUGGAUUUCCUAAACAAUUCGAAAAUCAACUCAAAACGUUUACCGAAACUUGUUUAAUGAUCCGUCAACCUGCUUUAGAACUGAUUCAAUAUAUACAUAACACAGACUUUAGCAAGCCGACUACGCGUUAUGUGAUAUAUGGGGAGAAUGGUGUGGGAAAAUCACUUGCGUUGGCACACGUGCUACAUUACGGCUAUCAGAACGAUUUUGUCUUAGUUCAUGUUCCUUGGGUACCCAAUUGGAUGAAACGUCCUAAAGAAAUAGCUAAUGCUUCACAAGAGGGUUUUAUUGAUUUGCCAUUCGACGCGGCUGCCUGGUUGCUACACUUCAAAAAUCACAACUCUAAAUUACUGGGAAAGCUUGAUUUAAAAACUUCCAAAGAUUAUAUUUGGUCUAAACGUGAAUCAACUCCUGCUGGUAGUACACUUUUGGAAUUGGUGGAGCAUGGAAUUGCGCGUAUAAAAUUUGCGUCUGGCACCAUAACGAAUCUUUUGGCGGAAUUGAAACUACACGCUACCGCUAGCCGUUGCAAGGUUAUGGUGGCCAUUGAUGGCUACAACGCCUUUUUCCAUCCGGAAACUAGAAUUCUGACUGACAAUAAACAAAGUGUUAGCCCUGAUCGGAUAACUUUAACUCAACCUUUUUUAAAUAUCACAAAGUAUGAUUGGAUUAAUGGCGUUUGCGUGUUGGUGAUAGAUAAAAUUGGCAUGACCGAAGGGUUUAUGGAAUCAUACAUGCCACGAUAUUUAUUGGGUCGUACAGGUUUUGAGCACCUUGAUCCUUUUGUGCCCGUUCGUAUACAAAACUAUAAUGAUAAAGAGUUUCAUAGUUGUAUACAAUACUACUUGGAUCGCCAUUGGAUACAAAAAACGCCAGAUGGUUUUGAGGAGCAGCUAAAACAUAUGAGUAAUAAGAAUCCGUAUUGUUUAAUGCAAUUAACAAGAUCUUUGUAAUAAAAUAAUAAUCAGAAACCAUCAUGAAAGUACUUC